AACUCAAAAGUUUCAGAAAUUCAGUGCAAACUUUCUGUUAUAAAAUUCUCAAAAUAUGUUGAAUCACAAAAUGUAAACAAUAAUUUUACUAGACAAUUAUGUUUGAGACUUAGUCUAUGGAUUUAAGUUAUUUAACCUAGUUGAAGUAAAUCAAAAUGUGUGAAGUCUUCAUGACAUAGGUUUUCAAAUAGAAUUUCUAGUUGUUUGUUGAGGGCUUUGUGAAUUUCAGUCGCACAAUCAAGAUGAAUUUUGUUGCUGGAUAAAAUUGUAAUGCCUGCGAAAAUUUCUCGCAAGAUUUCUUCUAUUUGCACAACUACAUUUAAAUUUAGCAUUGCAAUCUUUAUGAUCGUAAAUGUACUUCUAUUUUAUUAUAUAUUUGAAAAAGAAGAGCAGCCUGAGUGUUUACGAGUUGGUACUUGCCGCUUAAUUAAAAAGCACAGAUCCUUACCUCAAGAAAAAUGGGGACAGACAAUUUAUUACGAUGUACUUUUGAAGAAUUUCAUUAGUGUAAAAGAUGAGUGGAGAUUGCUGCCAUCUUCUAAUUUCAGCCACAACAUAAACGUAGAUCUGAAUUGUUCGUCCUUGCUUCAUUUUGAUAAAGUGAGAUUUUUAGCUGCCGGCUACACAAAGUCGACAUUCAAAGUUCAAUUAAAAAAUCAAGUCAUCUCUUUAAAAACUAUAAACAUUGAGGGACAUGAUAUCAAGACUUGCUUAGCUGAAGAAGAUAGAUUUUUAUAUGAUUGUUAUUUAUUAGCAGCAACCAAACUUUUGAAGGAAAUAGUUUUUUUAAGAUCCAUAUCUCACAAGAAUAUUAUUAAGGUUUUAGGUUACUGUAUUCCUUCUGAACCAGAAUUUUCUGAUCCCCAUCGCACAGUAUCUAUUUUUGAGGAAUACGGAGAAGCUAUCAAUGUGAUAAAUCUCCUUCAGUUAUCAUGGGAAGAUAGACUAAGAAUCGGUUUAGGCUUAUCAAGGCUUCUUAAAUACCUGUCAUCAUUUGAAGAGCCAAUUGCACUAAAUGAUUUCCGUCGCCAGCAGUUCAUUGUGGUUGAUGGUGAACCUAAAUUAAUUGAUGUUGAUGAUAUUGGGCUCCAAGAGCAAAGAUGUGAAAAUUCACCAUGCUGCUCUUCUUCACAAUUAUCUUUCAACUCUUCCAUUUGUAUACCAUGUGUAAAUAAUGUAUGUCAAGGUUUCAAUGAAAAGUUAAAUAUUAUAAAAACUGGUAGGCAUUUCAUAAAAUAUAUUCUGCCUCAUGGAGCACCAAAAAACUUAAAAUCUAUAGCUCAUAAAAUAAGCACAGCAUUUGAAUUUGCUUCCUGGGAUGCUGAUUUUAUUUUAAAACAAAUGGAAAAUUUAGUCACUAUUUUUAAAAGUGGAGUGUACAGAAAUGUAUCCAAAAUAGGAUAUAUAUCAGGUUUUAAAAUGUAUUCUCACAAAGAUGUUUCUACAAAAUUUGACUAUAGAUGCCAAUUAACCAUAUCUGGUUAUGGUUGUAUGACUUCUGUCAUUGAUGCUGAAGAGGCUUCUGAACUUUGCUGGUCUGAUAUCAGAUGCAAAGCAUUUGUUUUGACCUCUACAACUACUUGGACAGGAAGAAAAAUAGUGCUUUUCAAAAGUGGAUUUGGAAACUUACUACACAAUAAUCAAACAACUCUAUUUUUAAAAUUGUAACAUGUAACUUUUGUAUUAAAUUAAGGGACAUUCUAAAAGUGUUCCAGUGUCAAAAUAAGUUCAAAUGAAAUUUCUCCAUUUCAGACAAAAUAAAUUCAAAUUAUUUAAGUUUUGUGUAGUUCUAUACUGAAUUAAUAAUUUUAUCCGUAUUACUUUAGCCCAAAUAUCAUUAUUCACAAUUAUUUUGCCAAUGCUAGUAUUAGUAAUUAAUCAGAAAGUGUUAUAGU